ACGAGAAUCCAAUCGCCGGAGAUCGGAAAAGCUCCAAACGGGAAGUAAUGGCUUCGCUCGGUUUCAACCUCCGAUUCCCCUUCUCCGACGUGAGAAUUCAACAAGUUUCCGCAAACGGAAGACCUCGCGUUAUCUCCUGUAGCUCUUCUUCGUCUUCACAAGCAUCAUCUCCGCAGGGGAUUUCGACGUCUCCUGAGAUAGAGCUCGAGUUCUUCGGUCCGAAGCCUGGGAGCGACGGGACGUAUCCGAGGGAUAAAGCGAAAGCUGUGAGCGGGGAGAAGCUUUUGAGAAGUAUUAUGAAUGAUAAUAAGAUCGAGCUUUACGCUACUUACGGAAAAGUGAUGAAUUGUGGUGGUGGAGGAAGCUGUGGAACUUGCAUUGUUGAGAUUCUUGAUGGAAGAGAGCUACUGAACGAGAGAACAGAUGCAGAAAACCGGUACCUAAAGAAGAAGCCUGAAUCUUGGAGAUUGGCAUGCCAAACAAUAGUAGGGAACAAAGAAAACUCAGGGAAGGUUGUGGUUCAGCGGAUUCCGCAGUGGAAGAAGUGAAUUCCCACGCAAAUGUAAGAGUUCUCUAGCAUCGUAUUGAAGAGAAAGCCAUAUACUAGUUUUAUGUUUGUAUAUCUUCCAAAAAGCUAGUCUUCCAACUAGAAACUGGAAAAGCUUUUCCUUGUAGAUGGCAAUAGUCAUAUACAUAUGAUAGAUAAACUUAUGGACUAUGGUGGGGUUUAAGCGUUUGAAAAAUUAAAUAUAACAAUGGUU